AUGGCAUCUCUUUUGAAAAAUAUUUUCCGUCAGAAGUACAGUACAGCUCAUCUGUUUGCAGUGCUUCCUGUGUUAGGAGGCUUGUGUCCUAGUUCGUCAAAAAAUGACAAAGAGGCCCUUCACAAUAACAACAAAACGCCGCCGAAAGAUCGCUUUAGCGAGAGAAAUGCGAACGGGCGAUUCGGACACUCAAAAAAGAAAGACUUUGCAGCCAGGAAUGAGGGAAAAAACAAAUGGGCAGCGAAACGAAAGCUUAACUUUAGCGCAGAUACAGAAAACAUCCCUGCGAAGCGACAAACACGAAACUCGGCGGUAUGUAAAUGUUUGUUUUGAAAAUGUUUAUUCAAUUAUUAGUAAAAAUGUCACAUUUUUGUGUAAAAAUGUCAGUAUAUUAACUAGAGAUUGACUCGUGUUUCUAUUUCACGUUUAUAGUUCAAUACAAAUUUUGGAACUCGUAUAAUUGACUUGGAUGUUUUCCAAAACAAUAUUGAGAAAUGCAUCAAUUGUAACUCAGGUAAAUUGUAUCCUAAAGAUUUUACACAAAUUGUUAUCAAUGACAAUGUAUAUAUAAGCAUGAAACAAAUAGCAAUUUAUCACAAAACUUCAAAUAUAGUUAUAUAGCAUAGCCAAAAAUAUUUCAGAGCAUUUUUCUCAUCAAGGGGAAUGCGUUUUGUACUCUAUCUAGUAAGCAAACUAGCAACAUAUUCCCCUUUACAAGAAAAAUCUUCUAGUUUAUUAGAGUAGAAUAGUAAAGCAGGGCAUAUAUUACAGUUCAAGUCCCAAAAAUCUUUUAAUAUUCGACGUUUAAUGUAAUAAUAAAUGUAAUAGCAUAGUGUUAAAUCUUUAGGUCCACUAUCCUUGACCAAAUGCAAAAAGGAACAACACCUUGGCUUAGCAAGCAUUUUUAUGAUCCAGUGUCCAAAGUGUGGUAAUAUUAAUCAUGUUAAGACCUCCAGUGAACAUCGAACAGGCAAACGUGGACCAAAAUCCUUUGAUAUCAAUUCACGCAUUGUUCUUGGUUGUCUCCAUGCAGGAAUUGGACAAACACACAUUAACAAUCUGCUGGCAACCACCAACAUCCCUGGGUUGACAAAUAACACAUUCAAACAUCGGGAACGAGAAGUUGGACUUGCCGUAGAGAAAGUUGCUAAAAAGAGUUGCAAACAAGUUAUAAAUGAUGAAAAAAUUAUUGCCCUCAGUAAUGGUAUUCAAUCCGAUGAGAACAAAUUACUACCAGUUGCAUGCUCAUUUGAUAUGGGGUGGCAAAAGAGAGGGAAAGGGCACAAUUCUAACACUGGUCAGGCUGCAGUCAUGAGUAUGACAUCUGGGAAAGUGAUGGAUUAUACAACCCGAGUGAAAACAUGCAGAUAUUGUGAUUAUGCGAAGGCAAAAAACAUAGCAGUCAAAUCCCAUGAUUGUCGAAAAAACCAUUCAGCAUCAUCUAAGGCAAUGGAGCCUGAUUCAGCUGUAGAAAUGUUUAACAAUGCUUUGUAG